GUGUUUGUGAUGGCAAAUCCGUGCUGUUGCUGAAAGUGACAUGCAGUGACACGGCCUCACCUGGAGAUGUCUUCCCUCCCCCUAUCAGCCACUGAGCGCGCGGGUCAGCCGCUACCACAACAAACACAAGGGCCACCAGGCAAACGCGUGCGUGCGGACGGGACCUCUGCCACGGCGCGCCUCCCUGUAAAGUGAUGGAGUUGAACAGCUGAAGACGCGCGUGUUACUGGCGCAAGAGAAGAAGGGGGUGGCAGAGAGAGAGAGAGGGAGAGAGAGAGAGAGAGAGAGAGGGAGAGAGAGAGAGAGAGAGAGAGAGAGAGCGUACAAUUGUAUUGCUCGGACAAGUACCAGACAGCAGAGUGUAUGGAAACUACUCCACUGUGAUACUUCUCGGAUUGUUUUGAUUGUCAUAUUAUGAUUAUUAUUUAUCAUAUAGUACAGACCGGCAGCGCAAAGCCGCCAAACUGAGAGAAACAAAUCGCCCCGUUCCUCCAGAAGAAUAGCUUGGAUUGGAGACAGAGAUAUCCAUGUGCCCGAUUAGCAGACGAUCGUUUCACUCCGAAUCGGAAUACACAAGCGGUAUUGACAGCCGCCUCCGGUGAGCUACUUUCUGGGACAGUGAAAAAGAAAAGAGCAGUGAUGUCGUUCAGUCUUGUGCUCCUCCUCCUCCUCCUGUCUCUGGCGGACCGUGGCUCCUCCCAGAUGAACGUGACGGACAGCCCCCCGCGGGGGUGUGGCCCGGGGCUGGGCCGGCCCUACGCGCUGCUGUGCGACCUGGAGGCGGUGUGGGGGGUGGUGCUGGAGUCUGUGGCGGGCGGGGGCGUGCUGGCGUGCCUGCUCCUGGGCGGGGUCCUGCUGGGCCUGCUGCGCCGCGUCUCCGAGCCGGAGAGACGCAGCGGGGUGGGGCUCCUCCUCCUCCUGCUCGCCGGCGCGGUCGGCCUCUUCGGCCUCAGCUUCGCCUUCCUCAUCGAGAGCGGCGAGGCGCUGUGCGUGGUGCGGCGUGCCCUCUGGGGGGCGCUCUUCGCCCUCUGCUUCUCCUGCCUGCUGGUGCAGGGCUGGCGGGUGCGGCGGCUGGCGCGGGGCGGGCGGACCCCCGGCGGCUGGGCGCUGGCGGGGCUGGCGCUGGCGCUCACCACCGUGCAGGGCAUCGUGGCGGCCGAGUGGAUCCUGCUGACGGUGGCGCGGGAGGGCCAGCCGGCCUGCCUGUACCAGCCGCUGGACUUCGCGCUGGCCUGCAGCUACGUGGCGGCGCUGCUGCUGGCCGCCACGCUGACCGCCGGCCUGGCGCUGCGCGGGAAGGAGCAGCGCUGGCGCCGCAGCGCCGUCUGGCUCUUCGUCUCCUGCCUGGCGUCCGUCAUGCUGUGGGCCGCCUGGCUGGGCUUCUAUCUCUACGGUAACGGGGCGCUGGGCCACGCCCCGGACUGGGACGACCCGGUACUGGCCGUGGCGCUGGUGUCCCAGGGCUGGCUGCUGCUGCUCCUCCACGCCGUCCCCGAGGCCCACUUCUGCCUGCGCCCCGCCCCCCAGCCCGACACCCCCGACUACUUCGACACCUCGCAGCCCCCGCCCCGCCUCCGCGAGACCAGCUUCGACGAGGACCUGCCCCUCUCCCACCGGCCCUACAUGGAGAACCACGCCUUCUCCUUCGACGAGCACAGCGCGGCCCUCAGGCCCGGCUACCGCAACAGCAACAUCGGUCUCCGCAACAGUGGAGUUCCCUUCCGCAGCAACGUCUACCAGCCAACGGAGAUGGCCGUAGUGCUGAACGGAGGCACAAUCCCCUCUGCCCCGCCCAACUACACAGGGAGGCCACAGUGGUGAAGAUGAGGAGGGUGAAGAGGCGCCUGUCUCCGGGAUGGUGGGGGGACGCAAGAGGGAACAGGAAGGGGGGGUGAUACUGUGCCUUCCUGGAACAGAAGCCGAAAGAACAGGCUUCCCUGUUUUUGGAUACAGACUAGUCCUCCGCUUUUGUUUGAAUGGACAAAGGGAGGGGGAGGAUACAGUCCUUCUGAUAUCAGUGCUCACGGAACUGUGAGGGGUGUAGGAUGGAGAUGUAGAAUGGGGGGGGCAGUGUUUGCGUGUGUGUGAGUGUGUGUGUGUGGGGGGGGGGGGGGGGGGGGGGG